AUGUUUCGUAUGUGGGUUUUCCGUGACUACAAAGUUGAUAGUUUCUAUGGGAUGAAUCCAUUGAUGACGUAUAUACUUGUAGGAACAUUCGUUGGACUAGAAUCAAUUGUUGCUAUAAAUCUCCUUAUAGCCAUGUUGAAUGAUGCAUUUUCAGGCUCUGCAGGUGACUUAACAGAGACUUUAUAUAUGCAAAGGGCAAUUGUCCUGCUUCAGCUAAAGAAACUACCAUUUUUUGCUGGAAAGGCUGAAACGUUGCAAAGUAUUCAUCAAAUGCCUGGCCCGUUUGUAGAACCUUUUAACACUGAUACUGGGAUACUGGAACAGCAAGAUGAUAUAAAGAAUGCUAUAUUUGAAAUAAAAACCACAUUGGAAGAAUUUUUACAGAAAAUCCAAAAUGAUGAACAUAGCAUAUUUCUACAAAAGGUGGAAGUGCAGUUUGGAGAGGAGGAAGUAAUAGGAAAAAGAUCAACAGCGAUGAGUAUGGAAAUGAUGGCGUCAAUUCGUAAAGAUGUGGGAAAUUUACAGAAAGUUGUUACAAUGCUGCACAGACAACAGAAUCACAGUUAUAAUCAUCUAAAGAAUACCAUCAAGAUGCUGAAUACAUUAUUGGAAAAGGAAUUACAUUCUGAUUCUAAGAAAGAUUACACCAUUUCAGACGAAACAACUGAAACUGUUAAUUUCAAUUCACGUGUGUUCUCGUUCCUUGACUCUGUAACGAGUAGAUUGAGUCAAAGAAGACAUGGAAAAGAAAGUGAAGAAUCAGUUACACCGAGUAAAGUAUAAUGGAAAGGACGAAUGUAUUUGAUAUUGUAAUAUUUUUGAUUCUGUCAUUUGAAAGAUGUAACUCCCAUAAUUACAUUUUCGUUGUAUAGAUAGAAGCCAAACUAUGAGAAAAUGUAGUUUCCUUCAUUUUUAAGUCAGUCGUUUCUGGAAGAGACUGUAUUGUUUAUGUACUUGUAACUCUGGCCUACAUUAAGCUCACCUAGUCCCUGGGUUUACAGAGCUAGGGUCUAGAGAAAGCAGCAGAGGACCAACAGUACAGAAAUUGGGUCCUAUCAAUAUCAAUCCUUGUGUCAAACAUUACUUUGUGUUUAUCAUAUCAUGUGGGAAGCAGACGAUCUAGAAAAACAUUUACUUUUGGGAUAGUACAACAUUACAGCCUGUUUUCCCCUCUUUUUUGUGUAAAUAUUGCAGUAAAAUAUAGAAAAUGUUUGAAAACUGAUACAUUAUCACAUUGCAUCAGUGUAAUGACAUGUAAACAAAUGUGGAUGACUGUUAAUACUUUAUUAACAUUUUUAUACUAUGGGACUUUUACAAUGUACUCUGGGCAGCUUUUGCAUUUAAAAAGUUAAAUAAAUUAAUACAACAUCAAAUUCAAUCAUUUUGAACAUUAUGGUUUGAUAACAUUAUUUAAUCUUGAAUUGUUAAUGUGGAGUCUUGGUGAAAGUGGUGAGGUGGAAUUGUAUAUAGAGCUCCUAUGAGCUGUGCUAAUUUCCAACAGGAGUUUUCUCCUCCUCACUGCAUUCUCAGGAUAUUGAAAUCAAGACUCAUCCAUCGAUAGGCCUCCAAACUACGCAAGGUGAAUCACUGCUCUUUUCAUCACAGAAAUGCCUGUACAGUGGGAUUGAGUGAUCACAAUUUGUCCUGCAGCUCAAUUCUUGAGACCACAUAGAGAAUAUGUUUUCAG